AUGAAGGCCACUCUGUCGUGGCUGCUCUACGCCACUGCGGUAUCAGCCGCGUCGCACAAACAGCACACACACCCUACCAGAGCCACAGCCAUCGAUGCCUCUACCAUCCAAGGCAAAUGGCUCUUUGGCUACCAAGGCUGGUUCCGCAAACCAGGGGCCGGCGUAAACAACCACUGGUCCGCUGACGGCAACACGCCAGGGCCCAAUAACAUUGAAAUCGACUUUAUCCCAGACGUCAGCCAGUAUCCGUCCAACUGCCUCUUCAACACUCAGCUCACGCUGCCAAAUGGUCAACCAGCCCAAUUCUACGACAGCUCUUGCGAGGGUGUUGUCGAUCUGCACUUCAAGUGGAUGCAGCAGUACGGCCUUGACGGCGUGAUUGUGCAAAGAUUUCUAGGGUCUACCGGCGACCAGUCCUUUAUCACGGUCCUUAAUCAAGUCCAAGCAGCGGCUGAGAAAUAUGGCCUCGGCUUCAUCGUCGAGUACGACGUCUCCGGCGCCGACUCAUCCCAAGGCAGCGUCGCUACCGCAGUGCUAAACGACUACAACGCAAACAUCAAAAAGUACACCAGCUCUUCAGCCUACAUCCACCAAAACGGCAAGCCAGUCACCAUGGUCUUUGGCAUCGGCUUCUCUGGAUUCAAAGUCACUGCCGCCGACAGCAUUAACAUUGCCUCUCAGCUCCAGAAUGCCGGCACGUACGUCGGCUUCGGCGUGCCUGAGCAGUGGUCCGGCGAUGUCACCGGCAACACGGGCUUCGUCCAGGCUUAUAAGCAGGCAGACUUCAUCAGCCCUUGGACUGUGGGAGGCUACAGCGAUGCCGGCUACGCAGGCUUCCACACUUCCACACAGGUUCCAGAUGCGUCGUUAUUGAAGUCUCUCGGCAAGCAAUACGCACCUGUUAUUUUCCCGGGCACUUCUGCCUUGCAUCUCAACGGCGGCAACAACCCAUCAGCAUUCGACUACUUCCCACGAUACAACGGCUCUUUCUACUCGGCACAGGCUGAUGCUCUUACCACCAUGGCCAACAAGCCUCUCUUCAUCUUUAGUGCCAUGUUUGACGAAGUCAACGAAGGCACUCAAAUCAUGCCAUCUCUCAAGACCAACCAGCUGCCCACCAACCAAAAGUUUGUGGGCUACGACAACAACUUCGCCGACACAAGCUUCUACCUGGAGCUGGCCGGGAAGAAGGCUGCUGCCUUCCACGCUGCGUAG